CUCUAGAAGCCAUCUUGCUUGUGGUGGAAAACACAUGAGGUUCUCUAUGCGGUCAAGAAUUGUGACAGCACUUGUCACAGUCUAACUUUCUCUGUUCUAACCGGAAUUACCAUUGUACAGUUAACUAGCAUAACCCAUCUGUUCAUCCUUCCUCUCCAAAAUCUAGCCACUUGAUUUUUUUCCACAGCAUUCCAUCUCGCAUGAAUAAAGCAUGAAGAAACUAAUGUCUAUAAGCCAAAGGCUCUGUCCAGGGUCAAAAGAAGAUUCAAACCUGGAUCUGAAGAAAACAGCUGAUUCCUGCAAUGGUCCAGAUAAGCAGGACGAGAAGAUGAUCAUGAGGAGAGAGAUAUCUCUCGGCAAUGGCAUCUGUUUAAUCGUGGGUAACAUGAUUGGCUCGGGGAUUUUUGUGUCGCCCAAAGGUGUGUUGAUGUACAGCGCCUCCUACGGUCUUUCUCUGGUUAUCUGGGCUCUCGGUGGCAUAUUCUCUGUAUUUGGCGCUCUGUGUUACGCAGAACUUGGAACCACCAUUACAAAGUCUGGAGCUAGUUAUGCGUACAUCCUGGAAGCUUUCGGUGGUUUCCUUGCCUUUAUCCGACUGUGGACAUCCAUUCUACUGAUCGAGCCGGCCAGCCAAGCUGUCAUCUCGCUGACGUUUGCCAACUACCUGGUGGAAGCUCUCUACCCCACGUGUCAGCCUCCGUAUGAUGCUGUUAGACUGAUAGCGGCGGCUUGUCUCUGUCUUCUGAUCUUCGUAAACUGUGCUUAUGUGAAGUGGGGCACUUUGCUUCAAGACAUAUUCACAUAUACCAAGAUCCUGUCUCUAAUCCUUGUCAUCACAGUGGGCAUCAUUAAGAUAAUAAAUGGAGAAACGAAAAACUUCAACAAUCCAUUUGAGGGUUCUUCUAUGGAGGCGGGAAACAUUGCUCUUGCUCUUUAUUCUGCUCUGUUCUCUUACUCCGGCUGGGACACGCUUAACUUUGUCACUGAGGAGAUCCAAAACCCAGAGAGGAAUCUUCCUCUCGCAAUAGCCAUCUCCAUGCCAAUAGUUACCAUCAUAUAUCUACUGACCAAUGUGGCGUAUUAUGUGGUUCUGGACAUACCUUCUUUUAUGGGUAGUGACGCGGUGGCUGUUACCUUUGGGAAUCAAGUGCUUGGUCCUUUUAGCUGGAUCAUGCCUAUUGCUGUGGCCAUGUCUUGUUAUGGAGGUCUCAAUGCCUCUGUUAUAGCUGCCUCGAGGUUGUUUUUUGUGGGGGCAAGAGAGGGUCACCUGCCCAACAGUUUAAGUCUGAUUCAUGCUGAGCGGUAUACUCCAAUACCUGCUCUUCUCUUCAAUGGUGUGAUGGGCCUUAUAUUCUUGUGUGUGGAGGAUGUGUUUCAACUCAUCAGCUACUUUAGCUUCAGUUACUGGUUAUUCGUGGGUCUGUCCGUGGCGGGACUCAUUUACCUGCGGAUCACUCAGCCUGACAGAUACAGACCUGUCAAGCUGACAUUGUUCUUUCCCUUCAUCUACUGCUUCUGCAGUCUGUUCCUGGUGAUUGUUCCACUUUACAGCGACACCAUUAACUCACUCAUAGGAAUAGGAAUUGCACUGUCUGGAGUGCCUGUCUAUUAUCUGUGUGUCUAUCUGCCAGAAGAGAAAAGGCCCAAAUGGGUCGCUAAACUAAAUGCUUCUGUCACCAAAUACACUCACAUCGUGUGUUACUGCUGUUUAACUGACCUGGAUGAGGUGCUAGAGAAGUCAGGCGAUGCCAAGACUCAAUAACAGUUUCAGGAGAAUGUACCUGGGGAAUACAUUUCAUCUCUGCAUCACAAAAAAAGGAGGAAGUAUUUGUCAAAAGCAAAUAUCGGAUUUAUAAAAUGUUCAGUAAAUAUCUCAUGGAGAUUAAAUUCUUCUGAUAUCUCAGAUAUAUCUAUCUUACUCAGUGUAAAUACAAAAGCAAAACACUGUGGGAAUGUUUGUUUUUGAAGUAGGCUAUAGUGUGUUUAAUCACUUGUUUAUUGAUUUUUACCUGCAAUCAGAUCUUUAAGUUUUGUAUAAGGAAGAAGUUUUGAUGUCUUUAUUAUUCUGAUUGCCAAUAAAAAUAGAUGUUUUGUUCACCUAAAAAAAGCUCUUCGUACAAAAGUGUAUUAGCCUAAAAGAAACUAUGAGGCAAAAGACUGCUUUUAGAGCAGAAGAGCUGGAGGCAUUAUUGAAAUAAUUUCACAUCUGCCAUUAUGGGACAUGAUAUAUAUAUAUAUAUGGUUGAAAAACUCUAUCUCUUAUUUUAUUCUUCCUUUUUUGUUGGUAAAAUCAAAGUAAUGUAAAACAAAGUUGAGAUUGUAGAAAUUACAUUUGUAAUUUUGUUAUUGGUGUACUUUUUCUGCAUCUCACUAUACUGGUAUCUGUACUGCUUUUUUUCUUGAAACAGGAAAUGUUGCUUAGAUGUGGCUAAAAUAAGUGCCCCACGCAACUUUUAUUCUUUUGGUUCCGGAGUUUUCACACAAAGUUUAGCUUUGAUCUGCUGUCCUGACAGUGAUGUUCAUUGAACACUUUAUGGGUUGUGACAUUUUUGACCAUGUGCUUGAUCAGGCAUGGUUUGGUAACUUACAGACAGCUAAUAGAAAAGAGAAAGCUAUGGCACUCUGUAAGAUCUGGUGUCAUUGUGAAAGAUGGAUGUUUCUACAGCACAACAAUAUGAGCUUUUGGUGCAAUACAAUGCUUUUAUGAAAUGAUUUAUAAUUUAAGCAGUUUAGUUUGUUAAUGAUUCAUUCUGUUAAAUUUGAGCUUGCAUUAAGUUAGAACUUUAGAACAGUAUUUGGGAAUAUUUUAAACACUGGUUCAAAACACUAAAGCACCUCCGUGCAAUGCCUCAUUUUCCAAUAUCUUUUGGAGAUCAGAAGUUGUAAUAGUAUAAUUGUUUACAUAUAUCUCUUGAAAUAUUGUUUUAUUGCAAUGUAUGUUUCCUGUUGUGGUCUUUGAUUAUUGAAAUAAAGUUUUACAU